AGUGAGGCAAUUGCUGCAGAGUCUGUAGCAUGCUUGAACUCUGCAUUAACCCGUCUUCGGGAUAUAUGGGAGGAAAUUGGAAUCCCAGAAGACCAACGGCUACAGAGGACUGAUGCUGUAAAGCGGCACGUAAAUAUUCUUUUAACAAGAAUGAUAGAGGAAGAGGAGAAUUUGAAGGAACGUCUUCUAAAGAGCAUUGAUGUCUGCCGUAAAGAACUGUUUGUGCUUUGCAAUGAAUUGCACCUUCCCCCAUUUGAAGAGGAUGAAGAAAGCACUAUCCUACAGCUUGAAAAGGACAUAAGGACACGUGUUGAAGUUAUGCUAAAGCAAAAAAAGGAAAGAAUUCAGGAGCUGAAGCAGUUAAAGCAGCGUGAUCAAGAGUUGUGUGACAUUCUGUGCAUGUCUCCAUACUUCAUUGACAGUCAGGUUCCGAGCCUGGAUGAGUUGGACCAGUUUAGGAGACAUUUGGCUGCACUUUGUGCUGAAAAGGAGCGCCGUGAAGCUGAGUUUGUUAAAACAAAGAAACAAAUAAUUCUGUGCAUGGAGGAACUAGAUCGCCUACCUGAUACAAGCUUUGAGAGGGAUGUGGUGUGUGUAGAGGAAGAAGCGUUCUGCCUGUCAAAGGAAAAUCUAGAAGCUUUGCACCAGCUUCUAUUUCAGCUAGAAGAACGAAUCGGACAAAAUAAAGCACUGAGUGAAGAGCUACGGUCCAAAAUCCUCGAACUCUGGGAUAGGCUUGCAAUUCCUGAAGAGGAGAGGAAUGCUUUUGCUGUGCAUAUGACUGGUUCUAAAGGGAAAACUAUUCAAGCAUUACAAGAUGAAUUGGACCGUUUGCAAGAACUGAAGUUGCAGAAUAUUAAAAAUGUAAUUGAAGUUAUUCGUAGAGAGUUAAAAUCCUACUGGGACAAAUGUUUUUAUAGUGAUGAACAAAGACAAGAAUUUGCUCCCUAUUACGAUGAGGACUACAGUGAAAACCUGCUCAGUCUGCAUGAUGCUGAAAUCAUCCGCAUUAAGGAAUAUUAUGAAGUGCAUAAAGAGAUGUUUGAAGGAGUUAAUAAGUGGGAAGAGAACUGGCAUCUUUUCUUGGAGCUUGAUAAAAAAGCAACAGACCCCAACAGGUUCAAUAACCGUGGAGGGAAUCUUUUAAAAGAAGAAAAGCAGCGAGCAAAAUUGCAGAAGAUGCUUCCAAAGUUGGAGGAAGAACUAAAAUUUCGUAUCGAAUCAUGGGAAGAGGAACAGCAACAGGAGUUCUUUGUGAAUGGCAAGAAAUUCAUGGACUAUGUAGCAGAGCAAUGGAAUCAGCUUCAGGUAGAGAAAGAAAAGGAAAAACAAGAGAGGUUAAUGAAAAAGUCUCGUCAGUUAGAGGAGGAGAUGUUUUAUGGAAGCGCUCCAAGAACACCUAAUAAACGAAGAGUGCUUGGCAAUACUACUACUCCUAAUAAAGUGCGCAAGCUUAAUGGCACGUAUGUUUCCAAUACCACCAAUAGCACCCUGCGUUCUGCAUUCAGUGGGACACUAUGCCAUUCUCCUGUGUCACGUCCACCUCCUAGCGGUGGAAAGCCUGGACUACCUACCCGAACCCCAACCAGAGUGUUCAAAACGCCACAGCCAAGGAAGUUCGAGAAGAACAAGGAAAACAUGUCCACUUUAAAUGGAACCGCUCUAAGCGGUGGGUGCCACCUCACAAUUCCUGCCCAGCGUAACCACAGCGUUAACUCUGUUGCCAGCACCUAUUCUGAGUUUGCGGUAAUUCACAUUUUCUUAGAAAACCACAAACCCGAGCACACAGUCAGUAAGAGGGGGAUAUACGUGAAACCGGAGAGUUUGUAUCUAAGGAGUUUGUGA